GUUGCAGAAUAACAUUUUCGGUCUUUUAAGCUUAUUUAUCUUACUAGUGAGCAUUGUAUUGAUUCCUGUAUAUAACAUUAUAGUUUUAGAUCUUCCUUCUAUAAGUAAAGUGAACAAUUGCCCGUUGUGCUUUGGAAGAGAAUUGUGCAGUUGUUUAAGCAGAGAACACUUUACAUUGAACUGGAAUCAUUUUUUAAUAAAUGUGUUAAGUAUAUGUAGUCAUAAAAAUCAUAUUAUUUUUGGAAAGUGCGGGGAGGACUUGAUCGUAGUUAAGAAGCGCCCUAUUAACUAUAGCCAAAAUAAUGUAAAUCUUUCUCGAAUUGUUGAUUUUACUGUGUUAUUGGAGUCAUUAGAACAAACAUCCUUAAAACAACCUCUUGAUAUCAAUAACAAAUUUACAUUUUGUUCUUCACACAGAAAACUAGUUACACAUUUCUUUGAAAAUGUCGUCAAAAAGGAAAAUAAUGUUUCUGAAGUUUAUCUUAACUUGUUUUUCAUAGCUCUCACAAACAUGGAGCCAAUUAUUCAACAGGUGACCAAAGACUGGGCAGUGGCCGAGUACCUAGGCGGCUGUGGAGACUUCACUGUAUCAAGAUACUGUGGAUACACUCUCACCUGGGUGAUACCUCAACUAGACUGGAUGACAAGGUCUUCAGUUGCUGUACAGCUGCUACAGUUUGCAUUCAAUGCUACCUUCAGCCACCCCCAAUUUGCAUUUUAUUUCACCGACAUGUCUCCAGACAAUUUUGCAGUCUCUUCCGACGGCAAAGUACGACUUGUUGAUCUUGAACAUGUCAUUGUUGUCGAUAAAUAUCCAGAAGCAGAUCCUCCAGCAAAUUGGAAAGUCCAGCAUCAAAGUUUUCAUGAUGAAUCAGUGAACGGAUUUGCCUUCUCCACACAAGAAAUCUGCUCUCACCAAACAAGUGACAUGAACAUAUAUUCAAUAUGUCAGGGAAUCUUGUCAGAGAAAUCAGACUUGUUAGAUGGUGGACUCUUACAUUCACCUCCCCAGCACAUGCUAGACAUUACAAGAAUGAUCAGAGAGUGUGUCUCGCCUCCUACAGGGAAAACUAGAUUUGAUAUAGCUCAGUCGAUAAUUGAAGUGUUAGAUGUAAGAUAAAAUCAGUAACUAAAAUUUA